AUGCUACCGUGUUGCAGGUUGCAGCAACCUCUGUUCUCGAAAGAUCUCGAUGAACGCAUCGAGGAAGAGGAUCGCACGGAAGCGACUACGCCGGUAAAAAAGAAAUUUGAAGAGGAAAGAAGAGAUGAGCGGCGCAAAAGGGAGAAAGUCACAGUCGAAUCGCUCUUCAAAGCCGAUCCUCCAUUAUCAGAGAAGUCAGCAGUCGCAGCCACUGCAAAUCGGACAGAGCCGAGCCAUACGACAGCGCUUCUUCCACCGAGCAUAGUGCCUUCUGGCGAACCGGCUAGUUCGAGCCUUGUCACGGCAAUGUAUCCUCCAGUUCGACGGCCAGUAGUCACCGUUGUCAAUCGGGAAAGGGAGAGACCUCCACCGGAUAGUGCAUCGGUGGCUACAUCUAUGUAUCCUCAAAUAUCGGUUAAAAAACCGCUGACGAAAAGUCCAACAAGGGAUGUGAGUGUUGAGCAAAAUCCUAUUCUUUCCAUAGGGCUUGGGGUACUAUUUGGAGACGAGCUCUACAAUUUGGCAUCCAAAAAUUCGCUCAACUUUGAUGCAAUAGAUUGGAACGUAAGUCUUGCCUCAGGAAUGUUUCAAAGCGCAAUAUCUCUUUUCUUCCUCUAUUCCAUAUAGGU